AAGAAAAAAAAAAAAGAAAAAAGAAUGUUGCCGAAGCUUCACGCGAGAGGAAAUUAAGGACAUUUUUAAUUUACUGUUAUUGCUGUUGCGCACCUGCGGAGACAGACACGUGUCUUCGGGGUAAACAGAAAGGGCUAGGUCGUGCCUGCAGAUCGCACUGUCUCCCCCCUCCUUUUGUUUGUUACAGACGACGGCUCAAGCUUUGGCGACGAGCUUUUACAUUUCAUUUUGUGCGCCUUGGUGAUAAAGACGCAUUUGGAGAUGUCGGAAGUGCUGCCUUUCAACGAAGAAAAUAUGAGUCAUUAUGGAAAUGAGGGCGACGAGGGACACCUUUCCUUCACCUGUCGUCUUCAAGACACCAACAACUUCUUCAAUGGCUCACAGAAUAAACGUCCGCCGAAACUCGGACAAAUAGGCAGGAGCAAACGGGUUGUGAUCGAGGAUGAGAAUGGCGAAGAUGGAGCACUGAAAAAUGGAACAGAGAAGACCCCGGCAGAGGCUUAGAGCGCUGGGUUGGAAACCCCCCCCCCCAUCCCCCCUCCCCCCAGAGACACUCUUGAAAUUUUUUAUGGCGAUAUUUACCAGUUUUAAUCCAAAGACACUGUAUAUAAGCACUUUCUCUCAUGUGGCAGCAAGCAGCACUUCCACACCUGCCUCUCCCAGUCAGUCAUGACCGUCCGGAUGACACACACUGGCAGGGGUGGGAGAUGGCAGCGGAGGAGACCCCCAGGUGGACGCCCCCCUCCCAUUCGUGCACAUACACACACGCACACAGCCAUGCAUACGCACCCUCGAUUGCAGGGGUUCGCCAUAAGUCCAAACAUGGGAGAAGACAAGGUUGGGGGGGCCGAGGAGAAAAUAAGGAGGCUACGCUGUCGAAAUGCAGAAAUCAGGGACAGGAUACAGACAUAAAUUAAUAUGAAAACUAAAGCACACACUUCUCCUCUAUCUUACCAAUCAAACGUAUAGUACCAUUCUUUCUGCUCUUCAUUUUGACUGAGGGCAUGUGAAUACCAGAGUUUGUAAAUAUGGAAAGGGUAGCCCAUAUUUUCUUGCACAACGUGGGAAACAGUUAAACUGGUUUGUUCUGUGUUGAAGACUUUAUUUAUUUAUUAUUGAUCUUUUGGAACAAUGUCUUUUUCAGUGACUGAAGGCUGAAGGAACUGAUUUUCCUUUUUUUGUUAUUUGUAUGUUGAGAAAACUGAGCAAAUGAGAGAUUUAGUUUGUUUUUUUUUCACUUAACAAUUCUUGAUGUUGCCUGAGUGUUUUUUGUUACCAUACUUUGCAGCUAACGAGUCAUUUCUAUACAGUGAACCUCCCACCUGUUUGUAAGCUUCCCAGGCUUUCACCUGGAUUGGUUGAUACUGUAACUUGACUGUACACACCCUAUUGAUAAAUCUAUUUAUAUUGCAUUGUGCAUUAUUGUGUGUGCCAAAUCUCAUGAGAGAUAUACUGUACCGGAGUACUUGUUCUUUUUCGUGCUUUAUACAUUUACUCGUUGAGUUCAGUCGUUUUGUUGGGUUGCCAUUUUUUAGGGCUCUUUUCUUAAAACACUGAAAUACCAACUCAUGCAUGGCAAAUAUGAAAUCAUGCAUGCAUGGCAGAAAUUCUAAAACUCUUGUGUAUUCUUGAAGCACCUCGUAUACAGCUUUGAAUGACAAACCUCGAGAAACAGUCUUAAUUCUGCGUUGUACUGUACGAUUCACACUGAUUUGUACAGUGGCCUAAUAUCUUGUAAUAAAGAUUAUAACAAAGUACUA